AUGGUGGUGGAAGAUGUGGAGAUUGAGAGUGGUGGUGAGGCUUCAAAGAGGGAGUUCAGGAGGCGUUUGAGGUUUAAAAGAGUGCCCAAUUUGGUUCAAACGGAGGUACGUAUUGUUCCCAACACGGGUUUUGGCUUUGAUUAUGUGGAAAUCGGAGAAGUAGAGUUUAGGCUGGAUAAUAGUAUUUUAGUGCACCCUUAUUUGGUUCCUAUGUUGGCAAGUCUUCAGUUGAUUGCUUCUUAUAUUGAGGGACGGAUUCCAAGUGGGUUUAGGCCGAAAGCUUUGUGUUUAGGAGUUGGAGGUGGAGCUUUGCUUGGAUUUUUAAAAGCCGAACUGGGAUUUCAGGUUGUGGGUGUGGAGGCGGACAAGGAAGUUUUAAGAGUUGCUACGAAGUAUUUUGGACUGGAAGAUGGUGGUGAGCAUGUCAAUGUUUGCGUUGGAGAUGCAAUAAAAGUUAUUGAGAAACUUGCGGGUCGAGGUAAUGGACAAAGUUCGGGUUCUUUUGGUGCUCAUGAGAUAGAAGGUGGUUGUGGGAUGGGUGAUGGCAAUGACAUUGAUACUAAAUUUGAUGUAGUGCUAGUUGAUUUAGAUUCAAGUGAUGCUGGAGAUGGUAUAAUUGCUCUGCCAUUUGAGUUUGUUAGGAAGCAUGUCCUUUUGGCUGCCAGAUCAGUUCUUUGUGAUAAUGGGAUCCUCGUAUAA